AUGCCCCGUAUAGUUAUGGAGGAAACUAAAAACAAAGCCGACUUACACCAGCCAAAGGCAAAGAAUCGACCGCAAGGACAGCAAUUAGUAGCUCUCCUGCGUGACAAGCUGGAUUUAACAGACUACGAACUAUACUCUAACGCUCCAAAAGAUAUCACAUCCCGUUCAAACAGUGCGCCACCAACGCAAAUUAAUACUGUUAAUCGAUUCGAUCAUACAGAUUAUGAGCCUUCUUUAUCAUCCGAUCCUCGUUUGGAUCCUGAAUACGCUGCUUAUUACUACAUGCAUGGUCGUAUGGAGCAUCGUCCGCCCACAAGCCCAUAUGCACCGGGGCAGUCUUGGCAAACACCGUUAUGGUCUGGUGAUUUGGCAAUAGCGACGGCAGUGGGCAGCACUAGUGGAUCUAAUGUUGGGGCCAAUAUGUCGAAAAAGUUGGAAUUGUUCCGGGGGAUGGCUGGCGACGACGAUUUCCAAGAACAGCAUCCCUUAGACGAAAGUCUUGAACCCGAGAACCAUUCAACUAUCAACCAGCCCGACUAUACAACGGAGUCUGCUGGACAGUUCGAUGCUUUCAAUCCUCAAAGCACGAGCAGCGCUGCGUCGCUUUGGAGUCGUGAAGUUGCAUCCCCUCCUCCACCCCCAGGAAAUGAUCCACAUUCACCCAAUAAGCGCAAGAACUUGGUAGACAUGAUCCAAGAAGACUUUCCUCGCACACCAUCUCCGCUCUAUGCUCUUCAACAAGCCCAAGCUGCUCGCCAACGCCAAGCACAACUACAAUCGCACGCAGAUGAUGCAGACCAUCUCGAUCUUCAGUCUCUCGAUUUAGAUGAUCCACUCUCAUAUGCUGCGCAUUAUGGCAAUUCCCGCGGCUCUGAGGAAGAGCAACUUAAAAAUAUUGUUAAGAAUGCUCUUGAUGGUGUCGAUGACAUGGAUCCUCGCAUGCCGGGAGCGUUUGCCACACCGCCUCCAUUAAGAAGCAAAUUUGAAACUCCCCCGCGCGCCUCUUCUACUCCACCUACUCAAAGCCAUAUUAGGAACCAUAGUUUGGGAUUUGCUCCAGAGUUUCAUGGCGAUUUGUCACAUGCCGAUUUGAUGUAUUGGAGAAAUUUGGAGGGAACGGAUGAUUAUGAGCAAGCACAAUUUCUUCGUCAGCAGACUUUAAAACAGCACAGACUGAAAAUGUCAUCACAUCCAUCUUAUAACGCACUUUUUAACGAUGGAGCUAGUGCAGCCAAUUAUUCUCCGUAUGGUCUAAAUGACAGCUACCCAUCGGUCUGGGAUGCCCGCGAAGAUACUGCUCUAGGCCGCAAUAUUUUCAACACAGACGUGGCAUACAAUCGGCAAAACUCUCUUGGCCUUAAUCCUACUCGCAACAACUAUGAAUAUUCCAAAUUUCAACAAGCACAGUUUGGCAUGGGUCGUGAUUCUUUACUCUCUUCUACAGAUUAUGCAACUGCCAAAACCGGUCAAUACUAUGGUUCCGGUACUUUGGCCAAUACGGCAUUGGGCCCCGUCGGUAAUCUGCCCAGUCCGUUAGGACCUCAAUCCAGAGCUAACAACUUUGCAGAAAAGUCUUUGCAGUUGCAGUCGCAAAGAUUACAUCACCAUUCUGCAGAGUAUCUAAACGGGAUCUCUGGAUUCGGCGUAUCAAACAAUAGAAGAAGCCAGGACUUGAGUUCCAGUUUGUCCGAUCCGGGACAUUGCAUGCGAAGUCCAUUGUUGGAAGAGUUUAGAAACAACAAGAAUAAAAAGUAUGAAUUAAAGGAUAUUGCAAGGAAUAUAGUUGAAUUUAGUGGUGAUCAACACGGUUCUCGCUUUAUUCAACAAAAACUAGAAACAGCUAAUAGUGAAGAAAAGCAACUUGUUUUUGACGAGAUCCUUCCUAAUGCGUUACAAUUAAUGACCGAUGUGUUCGGCAACUAUGUCAUUCAGAAAUUCUUUGAGCAUGGAAGUCAAGUACAAAAGACCGUCUUGGCCAAGCAAAUGGAAGGACAUGUUCUGUCUCUUGCGUUGCAAAUGUAUGGUUGUCGAGUAGUUCAAAAGGCUCUCGAACACGUUCUCACGGAACAGCAAGCGGCGCUUGUCAAAGAAUUGGAUGGUAAUGUGUUAAAGUGCGUCAAGGACCAAAACGGCAACCAUGUUAUACAAAAAGCUAUAGAGCGUGUUCCUGCUGAGCACAUUCAGUUCAUUAUUAAUGCUUUCCACGGACAAGUAUUCAAUUUAGCGACACAUCCUUAUGGUUGUCGUGUUAUUCAACGGAUGUUUGAGCAUUGUACCGAUGAGCAAACGAAACCUCUGCUGGAAGAACUUCAUCGCUUCACUCACAAUCUUGUUCAAGAUCAAUACGGCAAUUACGUAAUUCAACAUGUACUCGAGAGAGGCAAACCAGCAGACAAAUCGCUUGUGGUGAGCAAAGUUCGUGGAAAUGUCUUGCAAAUGUCUAAACACAAGUUUGCGAGCAACGUAGUUGAGAAAUGCGUAGCUUACGGUAGCAAGAGAGAUCGACAGCUAUUGAUCGAGGAAGUUAUUACAACCAAGCCCGAUGGAAAUUCACCGUUGAUAUCAAUGAUGAAAGAUCAAUACGCAAACUACGUCGUACAGAAAAUGCUCGAUGUAGUAGAUGGAGAGCAGCGUGAUCUUUUAGUCGCCAAGAUUAAGCCACACUUGCAGUCAUUGAAGAAAUACACUUAUGGCAAACAUUUGAUAUCAAAGGUUGAAAAACUAAUGAUCUUAACCGAAAACCAAAGGACUCAACAAGCGCUCCCCACAAUGACAACCCAGUCGAUUACCUCAUCGCUUGAGAUGACUAGCUCGCUGUCCCCCACCAACCCCAGCACGCCCCUUGGAACAGGAAACAAUACUCCUGCUACUUCUUCACCUUCCAUUGGACCUGAAACUGUAUCUGCUGGAUGUCCUGCACCUGCAAUGACUACAGCAGUUACUAAUAUGCCACCAUUGUCUAGUGGGGCUGUUAUGGAUAGAAUCGAGUAG